UUUGCAGGAUGGGAUAAACAUUCUUAUGGGUACCAUGGUGACGAUGGGCACUCCUUCUGUUCCUCGGGGACAGGGCAGCCCUACGGCCCCACCUUCACCACUGGAGAUGUGAUUGGCUGCUGUGUCAACCUCAUCAACAACACCUGCUUCUACACAAAAAAUGGCCACAGUUUAGGUAUAGCCUUUACAGACCUCCCUUCAAACCUCUACCCUACAGUGGGUCUCCAGACUCCAGGAGAGAUCGUGGAUGCCAACUUUGGGCAGCAGCCCUUUGUGUUUGACAUUGAGGACUACAUGAGGGAGUGGAGGGCGAAGAUCCAGAGCACCAUUAAACGAUUUCCCAUAGGAGACAGGCUGGGAGAGUGGCAAGCCAUGCUGCAGAAUAUGGUUUCAUCAUAUUUGGUUCACCAUGGCUACUGUUCCACAGCAACUGCCUUUGCCAGAGUCACAGACACCACAAUCCAGGAAGAACAGACCUCAAUAAAGAAUAGACAAAGAAUACAGAAACUAGUAUUAGCAGGCAGAGUGGGAGAGGCUAUAGAAGCCACCCAGCAGCUCUAUCCUGGCCUCCUAGAACAUAACCCCAACCUGCUCUUCAUGUUAAAGUGCCGGCAGUUUGUGGAGAUGGUGAACGGCACCGACAGCGAGGUGCGCUGCUUCAGCGCCCGCAGCCCCCGCUCCCAGGACAGCUACCCCGGCUCCCCCAGCUUGAGUCCUAGGCAUGGAUCAAGCAACUCACACGUUCACAGUACUGGAGCAGAUAGUCCAACCUGUAGCAAUGGAGUCAUGUCCACAAAAAGCAAACAGAGUCACAGUAAAUACCCAACACUGACUUCAUCAUCUUCAUCUUCCUCCUCCUCUUCCCCUUCAUCUGUGAACUACUCUGAGUCCAAUUCUACAGAUUCUACCAAAUCUCAGCAGCACAGUAGUACGAGUAAUCAAGAAACCAGUGACAGUGAGAUGGAAAUGGAGGCUGAGCAUUACCCCAAUGGAGUCCUGGAAAACUCAUCCACCAGGAUAAUGAAUGGCACCUACAAACAUGAAGAGAUCCUGCAGACAGAUGAGUCCAGCAUGGAAGACAGCUGCCCCCAGAGGCAGCUCUGUGGAGGGAACCACGCUGCCACAGAGAGAAUGAUCCAGUUUGGACGGGAGCUGCAGAUCCUGAGCGAGCAGCUUUGCAGAGAGUAUGGGAAGAACACCAUGCACAAAAAGAUGCUUCAGGACGCCUUUAGCUUGUUAGCUUACUCAGACCCUUGGAACUGCCCCGUGGGCCAACAGCUGGACCCCAUCCAGAGGGAACCUGUGUGUGCUGCUCUCAAUAGUGCUAUUUUGGAAUCUCAGAACCUGCCAAAGCAGCCCCCGCUGAUGCUGGCCCUGGGCCAGGCCUCGGAGUGUUUGCGGCUCAUGGCGCGCGUGGGGCUGGGCUCGUGCUCCUUUGCCAGAGUAGACGAUUAUUUGCACUGACACCCGAGCGGGACGGAGCUGCCACCGUGGAGUGCUGCCCUUCACCCUCUGCUGCUGCCACUCUGCACCACCACCUCGUUGGAUAGCCUGAGCUCCCUGCCACCGACACCCCUGUAGCACACACACACUGCCUGUGCAAGGACUGAGUGAGUCCCUCACUGUGGCUGUUCCUGCCCCAGGAAGACUGGCACAUCUGACCCAUGUCCCUGCCUCUGCUGCGGCUCCAGCGGCACUCAGUAUUGCGCUGGUUAUUCUAAUGUAGCCUUCUGAUGUAGGGAUUUGUUUUUUUCUCUUUCGUUUUGAUUUGAGUUGUUUCUCAUGGUUCCACCGAUAUUUUAUCUGGAGAGUUUUGCUGAGCUGGUUUAUGCUGAUUUACUGAGGAAGCUCAUCAAGUUGGUGACAGCUUGUUCUUUUCUUCCCUCCUCCCUCCAUCGUGCACAUACAGCAUCAUCCGUGCUAGUAAUCCGAACUCUUCUCACAGUGGCAGUUCAGAGGGAUUUUUUUUUUAUUUUAUUUGAAUCAUGUUUAUUAAAAAGGUCUCUUCCACCUCCACAAAGUCAUUGAUGUAUUUAUUGCCCACACACACCAUACAACCCCUCAGGAGGCCGGGUCAGGUAGGUCCUGUCACACACUAAUGAUGGGAAUUGGAGGAGCCUGAUCCUUCGUGGUGCCUCUCUUUGGAGCCCAAGGCUCUAAAUCUUGGCUUUGUGAGUGGGAAGAGUAAAAGAGUGACAUUGCCUGCCUUGAUGAUUGUGCUGUAGAAGCAUCUCACAGCCCUGAGAAAGAGUUAAAUCCAGCUCUCUGAGCAGCUGGAGGGACAGGACUGAUGAAUAUGAAGUCAUCUGCCACUGUGUGGGUAGAACCAGAUCAUGUGAGUUGGCCAAAAACAUCUGUGGGUGAUGCCCUGGUGGGCUGACAGUUUUUAAUUAAGUAACAAAUCCUCCUUUUUCUCCAUGGAGGAGGGCUCUGCCACAACAGUAUUUCCUGCCCUCUCCCAUUCCUGUAACACUGAUCUAAAUGAACACUUCUAAAUUUUGGAAGUGUCUGGAGAAACCUGGCUGAGCUGUGCUUGUCCUUGCAGGUGGGACAAGCUGAGCUCAGGCUGCAGGUUGGGGUCAGUACCAGCUCUGUCAGGCCUGAGCCAUUCAGAAAGGAGCAGCAGUGUUUCCUUAGGGAGUAUUAAGAUAAUUAUCAAAGUUUCAGGCCCAAAAGAGUCCAGCAAGGAUCUGUGGGUGAGUAACCUCUGAAUAAAAUGAACUAAUGUGUCCAUGCUGUGUGCCAGGCCCAGGGACUUGAGAGUUAGCAAGCAUUCAGAUCACCUGUGAGUGUUUCUGAGCAUGUUCUGCCAACUGGCCAGGCUGCCUGGCAGCACUCUGCUUUGCAUCCUCUGCUGUACCCAUAGGAGAUGGCAGGUUCAACCUGGCUGCAUGGGAGGAAUUGGAAUUCUGCACCAAAUUAAUUGUAGGUCAGCAGCUCUGGGGAGGACCCAAGGGAGCUCAAACCAAACAUGAAUUUUACUGCUGCUCACAAAUGUUUUUUUUGGAAGGUCAGUGAAUGAUUAACAGGUUUUGUUGAGGUUUGUCCUUAAAAUGGAGGUUAGCCUGUGCCAGGCUUCAAGCACUAAGAGAGUUUGUGUACCACUGAGAAGGAAAGUAGCAGCAGCCCAAAGCUUCAAGGAUUUUCUGGAUUUGCAGGAUGGAUUUGCAGCUGCCACACGAGGUCUGAAAUCAGGGCAGAGCAGGGGGCAGGUGCCAGGGCAGACUGUGGCAGUGGAUGUGCAGAUGGUGCUGGAGGUGGUUGGGAACAUUAUCCCUGCCUUUUGCUGAAGUUUGUAGGGGCAGUGCUAGAGCCACGGUGGUCUAAGAGAACAGGAGGUUUAGAGUUGGAGAUGCUUUUAUCAGAUCACUGGUACAGCUGCAAAAAGCAGAGGGAGCUCUUCCACAGCCUUUCUUCCAGGGAGACAGAGAGCUGCACCAAGCAGAAUUUAACUUGCCAGUUUGGAGCUUCUCUUCCAGCUCUGGGUGCUUGAAAACUCAUCUGUUGGUUUUCAACUCUGCUGUUGGAUCUUGGCCCAGCCUGCUGUCCUUGCCUUGCUGCAAGUGCAGAGAUAACUCCUUGGGCAGGUUUCCUUCCCAAAGCCUCUGGUCCUCAUGUGCCAAGGCAGCAUGUGAGCUCUGCUGCUGGGAUUCUCCUGCAGCUUUUCCUUUCCUUAGGCUCAGGCUGACAGCACACUGCUGGGCUGAUUCUGGGGACUGAGGCUGAAAUAAUCCAGGACCUUGCUUUGCCUUCUCUGGCAGCCUCUUCUGCUGUUGGUCACCACUUUGCAGCAGUCUGGCUGCACUCAGACCUCUCUCUCAUCUUUGUAGCAACACCAUCUUUAUCUUUCUGAGGCUUUUUUGGCUCUUCGUGGUUUCUUUAAACCAAGUCUCCUCAUCAUGUGUCAGUGCCCCAUUUGGUCUCAGCAAAGUUUUGCUGAUUGUCCUAGAGCACUUUUUUUAUUUUGCUUUCUCUACAAAAACAAACCAAGAGAUGUUCCUAGAUAUCUGGUUAUUUUGGUGCCAAGAAAUGUGUGAUGGAAGUUAUUUUGGUCUUUUUAAUUUACUUCAAGUGUCCUGGUGGUUUCACCAGUGGUUUCUGCUUCUUGUACUCAGAUUGUGACUAAUGUGGCCAUGACUCAGUGUGGGAAGAUAAGUGUUUUUGUGGUCUGUGGUGGGAUGUCAGCCCCAGCCUACCCCUGAUUCCUAGAUGGGAUUUCUGGUGUGGUUUUCUCAGGUUGUAUUUCAAAGCCUCUUGCCUUUGUAUCUCCCUGGCUGCUCUUUGAUGGUUCAUGUUAGCUGAAACUUGGAGUAUUGCAGUGUUGGGUUUUUUUAAGUGAAAUGGGGUCAGUAACACUGAAUGUGUCUGUACACCUAACCAGAGGCUACAUGGACAUUCAGAAGUUACUUUUAUAAAAAUUAUUUGGGUUUUGUUAUUUCAAGUGCUUCAAGGAACCUGCUCACUGCUCCCAAGAGUCCUUUCAGUAAAACCAUAUAAAUGACAGUGCAGCCUGUAGGAGAAACUGCUGGUUUCCCAUUUCUGGUGAGGGACAAGGACUCAGCUACAGCCCCAUAGUGCUGCUGGCACUGCAUGUGCCAGGACUUCCAUCAUGUGUGGUCUCUGCUGGGCUAGCUUCAGAUGCUGGGAGGUUUUGCAGAGCUCAGCUGGACCCUGCACAAGCAGCAUUGCUCAGCCCCAGGAGAGCCUCUCCAGCUGCCUGUCCUUCCCAGGACCUGGGAAAUGCCACUGCUGGGACAACUGAACCUUUUCCAGCUCUGCUGUGGCUGCACACUCAGAGGGUCUCAGCUGUCCCCUGAUCAGUCCAGAGGCACCACCAAAGGGCUGUGAUCUGGAGAGCAGCAAACACCCUCCAGCUCUGUGCUCUGGACACCCCAGCCACCUUCCUGACACCUGGCACUGCAGCAAAGGCCUUGCAGAAGGAAAACAGUGCACAGGGACCUGGUGGAACCUGAUUUCAGGCCUGCACAUCCUGGCCUUUGGGUUUGAGUCCAAUGCCCUGCCUGUUAAGUGGCCUUUGGAGAGGAGCAUUUGGGGAGCUCCAGACCUGGAGCCUUGGUUAAAGUGUCCUUCAGGGGUUCUGUGGAGAGAGCUUCCAGGAGCUGAAUUACAUUACCAGGAUUCUCUCCCCAUGGACAAGGGUUCAUGCUGCCCCACAAGCUGAGAGUGAGAGCAUCAAGAAUACAUCGGGAGAACUUGGGAGUGAGAUGCACUGGAGUAGCUGGGAUAAGUGUUUCUUGGAGGAGUAUCCACCUCAUACGCCUGGUACUCCAGCCUGUGACCAUCCUUCUCUGCUGGGUAUAUUCCAGUUUGUGGAUAUCUCUCCUGUACCAGGGGAGCCAAAUCUUGUUCCUCUUGGAACCAUCUUGUUCCAGAUGAUUCCUCUCACUGCUCCAUGAGCCUACCCUAGCAAGUAUUUAACCAAAGCUAUUUCAAAACUUCGAGGGUUGAGAGAGCUCUAAGUCAGGCUCUCCUGUGAUCAAAUCUAUUUCUUGUGCAUCCUUCAGUGUGCUCCCAGAGCCAGCUGGUUUUGCUACCAGCAAUCCUUUCUUGCUUCUGUGCCUCCCACAAUCCCAGCUGCAUGACCACUGUGUUAUCUGCAGUGCUGGGUGCUGUGGGAGCUGCUCCAAGAGCAGGACCAGCUCUGUGGCUCAGUCUGUGCCAAGUGCAGAUGUGGCAACUCCAGCUGCCCUUCCUGGCUCAUUCUUCCCUGCUGGUAUGAAGGGGCAGGUCCACAUGUGACAGUCCCUUUUUGCCACCAUACAGCAUCCCACCAACCUGCAGCUGGGCUGGCUGCAGCACUUCUGCUCCUUUUUGGGGUGUGUUAGGAGUUGAGCCCUUGUGUGUGGCCAGCAGAACAGAGGGGGACUCCCAGUGAAGCCCUGGACAAUACAGAGCACCCAGCCCUUUGAGGGAGGCUGUCCAAUGGAUGCUCUCCCUCAGCCCCAUGUGAGCCAAAGCUGGAGCUUGUUGCCUUGGGAUGUGUGAGAGGUGUGUGGUGAAAGAUGGGUGCUACAGCCUGUUUGUAUUUCAGCAUCCUGGUGGUCCUUGCUGUGCUGCUGCCCACUGGAUCUGGGCACUUGGGAGGUGCAGUGUGGCUGGCAUGGAGAAUGGGCCCCUCUGGGAGUGUCAUUCCUCAUGGUGACCUACACCUAGGAUCUUCCCAUAUCUUUCCUUCUCUUUUUUCACAAUGACAUCUCAAUCUGUCCUCAAGCUGUGUCCUUGUUUUUCACGUUUUAUUAAGGCAUCUUUACCAUUCUUUAAAUAGCUUUGUUCUUGAGGCUGCCUUGAAGAACUGGAGCAACCAGAGCUGCUGGAACUAGUUCUGGAGAUUGAAUGUAUCAUUUUCCACCUUGGGUAUCAGGGAUGAGGAACCAUCUCCUCCUCCAGCAGAGCAAACCAGGCUGGAUUGCAGCUGUGCUUUGGUACCUGUCUGUGUAAUACACAGCACGUGUUGCUUGGACACAUUUCAGAGUUCUGCUGUUGUGGGGUUGGUAGAAAAGGUGACCUGUGGCAGCCAGGCUGUAGAGCAGUGUGUGAGUGCCAUGAUGUGUGGUGCACCACAUGGGAUCAGGAAGUUCUUCCCAUGAAGAAGCAGUGCAGAGUUGGGCUGUGCUGUGGCAGCAGGUGGGGAGAGAGGUCCCUGAUGCUCCAGUGCUGGGUGCAGUGAGGCUGGUCAGAGCCUGGGAGAAGGAACAAGGGGCCCUGCUCCACCCAGGAGUCCCCUCUGUCCCUCCAGAUGUACCAAGGUGUUUGUGCAGAAGGAUUUGGUGGGGACAUGCCAGGGGACAUGCUUGGUGCUGCUGGGACCCUUCUGCCCCAGAGGGAUGAGUGAUGGAAGGAGCUGCAAUCCAGCAGUUCUUGGUCAGAGCCAGAGCUGGCUGUGAGCCUUGUCCCAUCUGCUGUGUAGGGGCAGAGAGCUGGAGAAGUGUUGCUGGGGCCGUGUGAGGGGAGCUACAGCAGAUUUGGGAGGAAAAGGGAGGAGCUGAGAGCCUGGAGGCCUCUUCCAUAGCCAGCACUAGCUGCUCUCUACCAUCCUUCCCUGCAGCAAGAGGUGGCAGGUGAUGGAUGAGUGUACCUGGCAUGUCUGGCCCUCUCCCCACAUCCCAAACCAGAGCUCAGAGCCUGCAGCUUGAGCUGGACCAGUGCCUGGCAAGCCAGGGCAACAUCCAGGCUUGAGUAGCGCUCGUCCUGGCAGCUUUUUUAUUUCCAGGAGGGAAGCUUAACUCUCUCCUGCUCACAGGAAACCCCCAAGUCCCAUGUGGAAUUUACACUCAUGUCAGCACUGAAACAUUCCUGGAGGCCAUGGAAACAUCUGCUCCUUGCUGAAAGUCCCAUGGCCAGGCAGACACCUUUUCUCUGGUCACUCCACUUGGGUCCAGGCGUGUGCUUGGACAGUUUUGCUCGGGAGGACUUCAGCUGCGUCCUCCCUCCUGAAGGGAGCACAGAGGGAUUUUUGUAUGCUGGGCUUCUCACAUGCUUAGACUUGGAGAAAGGAGAAGCAGCAGCAGCUCUGGGGAUAAUCCAGAUUUUAAAGAAAAUUUGAAAACCACAAGUAUGGUGACUUCCAGACCAAGGACUGCACUGGUGUUGGAUUUGGGUCGUGUCUUGGUCCUGCCUGUGCAGCCAGGGAGGCAGGAGGAGGCUGCAGCCCCUGAAGCUCUCACACUCAGCAGUGCACGCCCCAGGACCUGCCCAGCACGCAGUGAACUCUUCUCUCCUGCUGGUUGCUCAAAACUCAGGUAUGAAAUGCUCAGCUGGAGCUUGGGGUGCGAGGUCUCCGCAGGUUUCCGCAGCCCUGGAGGAGCGGCCGGUGCUGGGCACAGCUCCCUGUGCCUCUCCAGGCUUCUCCUCCCCUUCAGGAGGGAGUUUCACCUCUUGGGUACAGCAUUGGCUACGUGGACAUUACACAAACUGUGCACAUUGGUUCAGUCUACGCUUAGUAUUUGUGAAUUAAGUUAUCUGAUGCUUCGCAUGAAAACUUCAAAAAAGGGGCUGGGGGGGUGGAUUUUAACUGAGAAAAAGCCUAUGAAAAUAUACUGGAAAUAUGGUAAAGAAAUCGACAUUCUGCUGUAUAUUGACAGAAUUAUUUUUAUUAAAAUACACAUCCAUGUGCAAGA